UUAUCAUUAUCAGACUUUUUUUCCGCAUUGUUUCCGAUUUGUGGUCGGAGCAGGCACAUUCAUUCUCGAGGGUGUAUCUCUCAGCGAAUCAAAGGAACGCAGAUUUUCCUUCUGAGAGAUGGAAGCUGAUGUUUCCAUUGAUUUAUCUAAACCCUCGUAAAUCUGUUCUCCGUUUCGAUCUCUAUCCUCUCCUUUUUCUCUCUCGCUGAUUCGUGUUCUUGGAUUCAUGGCUUUGAGUGCUGCGAAUUCAGGUCUUGCGUUUUUGUUUUUGCUUCUUUUGGUUGGUUGUUGCGGCUCCGCAGCUAAUGUGGUAUUGAUUGGUACCAACCUUACUCUUUCGAUCGACUCCAUUGAAGCUGAUUUUGCUCCUACAAUAGCAAGUUCUGGGGAUCCUGGGGUGUUGUAUCUAGCAAAUCCUCUUGAUGCAUGCGCCACAUUGGAAAAUAAUGUUCAGCUGCCUGUAACCAAUAGUUCACCAUUUGCGCUUAUAAUUAGAGGAGGAUGUAGCUUCGAGGAUAAAGUGAGGAGAGCCCAAGUGGCUGGAUUUAAAGCUGCAAUUGUAUAUGACAAUAAGGAUGGUGGUGGCCUCAUUGCGAUGGCAGGGAGCUCAGCUGGUAUUAGAAUACAUGCUGUAUUUGUUACUAAAUCAUCCGGUGAGACAUUGAAGAAGUACGCAGGCUCCACUAACGUUGAGAUAUGGAUAGCUCCAAGCUUUGAAAACUCUGCAUGGUCCAUCAUGGCCAUCUCCUUUAUUUCUCUUCUUGCAAUCUCUGCAAUGCUUGCUACUUGUUUCUUCGCUCAUAGGCAUCGAAUAAGACGAGGACAUUCUCGAUCUUCUCAUGCUCGAGAGUUUCGGGGCAUAAGCAGACGAGUAGUUAAAGCAAUGCCAAGCCUCAUAUUUACUACUGCUUUAGAGGAUAAUUGUACGUCAGUAACAUGUGCCAUAUGCCUCGAGGACUAUACUCCUGGUGAAAAACUCAGAAUUCUACAAUGUCAUCACAAAUUUCAUGCCUCCUGUGUGGACUCUUGGCUUACUGCUUGGAGAACUUUCUGCCCGGUCUGCAAGCGAGAUGCAAGAACUAGCACCGGUGAUCCACCACCUUCAGAAUCCACUCCAUUGCUUUCAAGCAUUUCCAGCUCUUUCGCUUCCUCCUCAAUAUUAUCUUCUGCGAGAUCAUUACCACCAAGCUCUGCCAUACAAGUAUCCCUGUCAUCAAGAUCACUUUCGGCAUCUCGGAACCACUCUCUCUCUACCACCCCUUACCUUCAGCAUUCUGUUAGAUCCUCCUUCUGCCCAUCUCCAUCCCAGAGAUCAGUCGAACUCAGAAAUGCAUCCUCCCAGAGAUCUUAUACUUCGCAUUUGCUUUCACCAUAUUCCUCGUGUUACCCGUCCAUAUCACCUUUACACUCAAGAUACAUGAUUCCGCUUAUUCCGAGUCCAAGCAACACCUCACCAAGCAUAAUAGGCUCUUCCAGUCAUCAACAUAAUCCCUUGCAUAUAAGCAGGUCAGCUGCAAGUUUUUCUCCAUUUGCUUCAGCUCAGUCUCUUCCUGAAUGCUGAUACGGGCGCGUUGAGAAUCCUUUGUUCAAAGAUAUUGCCUUCCUUUUUAUGUAGAGGUUCUUCGGGUAUGGUUGAAUUAUGGCAUAUCAUCUUGUCUGUAAAUCAAUUCCUUGGUUCCUAUAUGGCCCGCAUCAUUGUAUAUUUUUUCAUAGGAUGGCUCCAUUUCUUUUGGAGUUGUAAAGUGAAGCAGAGUGUAUACUUCUGGGGUGGGUUUGAAAUUCUUUUACGGAUCAUGGGAUUAGAUACACGGGGGACUUAGCUUAACAACUGAUCAGGAUGCAAUAUAUUACCGCUUCUCUCUCCCUCUUCCUUCCUUGGAGGCCUGAAAGGAUCGGUUUAACACAAUUAUUUGAAAAGGAGCUUCUGUUUUUUCCA